CAUCAAUUAUCUUGUGCGCCUGCUUCUUCCCUUCUCGCAUUCACCUCCAGUGUCGUCCACCAUACUGUCGCAUUCACAUAAGCCACUUGAAUAAUCUACCUAUGUAGCUUAUGAUUACAAUCCAAUCAUACUAAUUGCAGACCUACAUAGUACAUAAUAUAGUACAUAUAAUCCGUGAACUUCUAUUCAUACAUUCGAGCUACCCAUCCCUUUCAUAAUUCAUAUCCACCAUGCCGUCUCGAAAAGGCGACAGCGCUCGACAGAGCAAUGUGUCCAUGGCCCAAUUUGCUUACGAUGCCUCCGAUGCUGAUAUUUCAUCAACCUCUCUUCGCCCUGUCCCCGGAGCUAUAGCUUCGCGAUCCAAGCCAAUCCAGUCUGUAGAGACUGACGCUCCUCGACCUACCGGCUCGCCCUCUAUUGCUGAGAAGGAUAAGAAGGACUCCAAGGAGAGUAAUAGUAAGGAUACAAUCACCAUAGAGGACCUUAACUUACCCAAGUCUAUCAUAACGCGCCUAGCAAAGGGCGUCUUACCUCCCAACACACAAAUCCAGGCUAAUGCCAUCCUGGCUAUGAGCAAGGGCGCUACUGUCUUCAUUAACCACCUAGCCAGCGCGGCGAAUGAGCACACACAGAAUGCCAACAAGAAGACCAUCAUGCCCGCCGAUGUAUUCGCUGCGCUCGAAGACAUAGAGUUCCCAUUUCUACGUGAGAGACUGGAAGCCGAAUUUAAAAAAUUCAACGAAGUUCAAACCACGAAACGCACCACCUACCGCCGCAAGGUAGCUGCCGCUAAGAAAGCAGAGAAAGAGGCGACAACGGACCCUAACGCAUCCAUGAUGUCGACUGCGACGACUGCGACCACGAAGACGGAGAAGGGCUCAGCCUCGGGGCCACGCGCUUCCAAGAAGCAGAAGAUUAGUGCCCCGGAUGACUCUGCAAUGGACGUUGAUGAUCCCGAUGCGACACAGGACCCGCGAGAAAUCAGUGACGCUGAGACAGAACCUGAGCAGGAGCAUGAAGAGGAGGAGGAAGAGAACGAAGGCGGUGAGGAGGAGGAAGAAGAGGAGGAAGAGGGCGAGGGUAAUGAGGAUGAGGAACACGAUCGUCUGGAAGUGAAGGAAGCGCAAGAGGAGCAUGACGACGCUCUCGAUGAUGGUGAUAGUGACUGAACAUGUUCUCCCAUCUGAGAGCUACGUAUCGCUCUGUUCACGUAUUCCCUCUUCCCUCCCUUCUCAUACUAUGCGCUUGGGAGACGGCCUAGUUUGCUGUUGGAUCGACAGUACCGCAUUCAGGGGUACUACUCUUGGAGAUUUCCUGGCGUGGAGAGCAGGAAGUGAUAUGCUCCGUCAUACAUACCUACAUUAAGAAGAGAUAGCGAGCAAGCCAUUGAAUAAUUCAUAUACAUCAGGGGAACACGACUGUUCUGUACAGACCCCUUAUUCCUAAGUACCUAGAAUAUACAUACGUAAUUCAUACAGCAACUAGCCGUUAAUUAGAUAACUACAUACGAUACUGUUUUUUUGCUCCGCGGUGGGCUUUUGUCACAGGACUACUCAAUGAAGAGAGAAUGUAAAAGUAUCAAGUCUGGAUUAGAUAGGUAUGUUUCAAAAUGAUAAUAAUAAUUUGAGUGGCUUAUUCACCAUCGUUCAUUACACAUGAUUCGUCGUUAACUC